AUGACACGGGUUCAAACCCAUGAACUCAGUCGUUUUGAGCAACCAAGAGCAAAUUUCCAAGGACUUGUAGCGAUUAAAAAAUAUCGUCGAGCUGCUGCCGGUCGUGACGUUUGGAACGCAUCAGAAUUCAGACCACCACACGUGCUUUUGCGUACAUUGAAGCAUUUAUUUACGACAGUAUUGUCGUGGCCUCAGAGUGGUUUUAAUUGCCGUAAAUGUGCUCAACUGGACGAAUUCCUAGCAGUUUAUCACUUUGUGAAUGAUCGUGUACGUAGUAUCCGACAAGAUUUUACAGUUCAGAGGAUCGAGGAUGUGUCACUAGUGACGGCAUUGCAACAGAUCACACGGUUUUAUCUAGUGGUGAGAUUACGCUCGGUGCAAUUAUUCGGUGGUUCCAAGGCACAACAAGAUUGGAGUGAUAGAUUGAAUGAUGAACAAUUAAUGUCAGCGCUUUCGCAACUUGAGACACUGUAUCGUAUGCAUGAGUUUGUGCCCGAGAGCGACCAAGAUGAUUCAGAACGAAAGGAUGCCGAGGAAUUUAUUGGGUAUGAUCUGCUGUUGCAUGCUGAUGAACCGCAACAUGUGGCCUGGAUGUUGCGCAAGCAUUCAUCAAAGCUACGUAGCUUACCAAUGGUGCAACGUGCUUUGCGGACGUGUGUGGCAUUGCAGACAGAUGACUUUAAUGCGUUUUUUAUCGAGUUUCACGCCAUGACGCUGCUGGAACAAGCUGCGUCGCUGCGUCAUCUUGUAAAAGUAUGGACCCGCAGUUUGCACAUGAUGAACAAAAGCUUCGGCAAACAGGAUCGCUUUUCGCUGGAAGAACUCGCACGCUGGAUGAACCUGGCUGACCCGAACAGUCAAGACGAGGGUGGCCAACUUGCGGAGAGGCUUUGCAACGGCUUGAACAUCCAGACACAGCGGUAUCCACCAUCAUUACCACCACCACCUCAAAAUGAUGCCGGCCGUGUAGUUGAGUCUUGGGAACUAAUCAAUGAGGAUCUUGCUGAUCAAGUGGCCAGUGGCAAAACCAUCUUCGCUCGGGUUUGCUCAAUUCAAACAUUCACCAGUGCAUGA